AAUCCAGGAACGCCACACAACAUGGCUGCGCCCACAAAACGUUGAUUGUACGCCGUGAUGGCCAAGGAAAACCAAGUUUUGAGCAAGAGUUCGAAGGUGAAAAGCAAACAGAAGAGGCCAAACAAAGAAAAAGGGAGUCCUUCGACGCCUGCACCCAAUGAAAACAAGGCCCCAUCAGCCGGUUCGAAUGGCGAGCCGUCGUCUUCCUCUGCAGGCGCGUCCAGGGCGUCGUCUUCUACCGGGACGACUCGGUCCUCGUCGCCGUCACAGAGCGCCUGGGCCGUGGCCGAAGUUCAGGGCAUGAUGCACGGAUUUGGGGACACUCCCAGGCCCCUGUUGGAGUCGGCCAGACUGGUCGAAGAGAUCGUUGGUCACCAGAUGACGUCGCUGUACCUGCAGGCUGCCGAGUUAGCUGCGACGCGUGGUUCCAAGUACGUCGGCAUCGAGGAAGUUCUGUUUCUCAUGCGAAAGGACAAGGCCAAGCUGCACCGCCUGAUCAACUACAUGGAGGUGAAGUCCUUUCAGGGCACUUUGGCGACCAAUGUUUCCGGGGAAGAAGACAUUGCUACGGCAACUGCCUUCAUUUCACCGGACACAGGACCUGAAGAUACCAAGCCAUGUGGUACCCCGCGACCAAAGCGGACCAAGCUGUGCCGCGACUUUGUCACAUCCAUCGACCAGACGGGAGAGCUGGCUGCUGCCCUUCAAGACUCCAUCUUUGAUGAAGUGAAACACGAAAGAUACCUUAGGGCAGAAGCACAGACCCGGUGCAUGGACCAGGCACAAUAUUUUGAGUACAGCAAUGCCAGGAGGUCGUCUUUUUGUGCAAAACAGAAAUCGGCAAGAUUUCGAGACUGGCUGCUGAAAGACGUAGACUUGGACAUCAAGCCGACCAGCAGUGUACUUGAGGUUUUCAAUUACUUGGCUUAUGAGACUGUUGCUCAGAUUGUCGACCUGGCCCUGUUGGUCAAGAAAGAUGCGAAGAGCUGUCCUGGAGACCCUAUGUCCUGGUCCAUGCCGCCUGCUGUGUUCAACCCCGGCUUCCCCUGCGUCCAGAUCCCCAGCACCCAGGAGCGGCAGGCGUCGCUCUCUCCUGAAGCAACGCCCGCUGGU